UGGUCGCAAAGCCAAAUUUCCAAAUAAGCAUUUAUUCGAACACCUUGGAGACGGAAAAGCGCCGCCUUCGAAUCGAUCCAUUCGUCUCCAAUCGUCACUGUCUAUGCCCGUGUGAAUUUUAUACAUACACGCAGUACAAGCAAAGAUCAUAUGUAAGGUGGGUAUACAGUUGAUCUGGUCGGAAGGUAGAUGAGAGAAGAGCCAUGUCGUCGUCGAAAUCGUUGAUUUGUCGAUUCACGCCAUUCGUCGUGGCUCGAAUUCGACACAAUCAGAGACUCCUUAGUUCUGCUUCUGCUUUGCCUGAAGUUCAACCGCCGUCUCCGUCUCUGUCGCCGUCUCAAUCUGUCGAUGCCGUCCACAUGACUGAUGAUUGCGUCCGGAAAUUGAAGGAGCUUCAAAAUGAUGGAGCGUCAGGGAAGGAAAAAAUGCUACGUUUGAGCAUUGAAGCUGGUGGGUGUUCUGGCUUUCAGUAUGACUUCUCUCUUGAUGGCAAAAUCAAUGCAGAUGACAGGAUCUUCGAGAGGGAUGGAGUUAAAUUGGUGAUUGAUAAAAUUUCAUUCGACUUUGUAAAAGGUGCCACUGUUGAUUAUGUUGAGGAGUUGAUUCGCUCUGCAUUUCAGGUGACUACUAAUCCAAGUGCGGUGGGCGGUUGCAGCUGUAAAAGUUCUUUCAUGGUGAAACAGUAGCUUAAGCGGAAUAGUUCUAGUAGGUGAAUAAGAGAGAUGAUGGUCGACCGGUAUUUAGCUUUAAUCAGAAGAGUCUAAUUUUUUACAGUAUUCUGUAAUUUUGUCUAGUUUUGUUUAUCAUAUUGUUUCCUCAACUUGAACUACUGUGACCAACUGCCCUGCUAUUGAAUUUCACAAUUGUUGAUGUAAUCAUUUUUCCACUUGGAAUGAAAGGGGAUUUUGGCCUCCCCUUUAACUUUGGCUGCUCUUUGAAAUUACAAAUUGAAAUAAAAUGCCAUCAUCCCUGAAAGAA